CAUCGUGCAGUCACGGGGAGGGAGGUGGAGAGACACUGUCACAUGAGGGGUUCGCACACCAGGUAGUAGUGCUUGGAGGAUACGGCAAAAGAGAUGAACUUGUGAGUGUACCGGAAUUGUGGAGUGUACGCAAGCUUAGACAGGAAGACAGUAACGCACGUUUGGAGCGGAGAUCGAUGCAUGGAGUUUCAACUGUGCGAAUCGGAGCUUGCAAAGACACACCACCUUCUUGGGACAAUUCCAUCGUGUGGAGCUGUCCGAUGUGUGGAGCUGUCCUGACAGACAACGACAGAAUGCGUGGGAAAGCGCACGCUACUUGCGUAAGCUGUCGUAAAUUGUCGUGAAAAGAGACUUCUACUUGGAUCGAGAACAGCUAUGCGAAACGAGAGGUUCGCAUGUACUGUCGAUGAACAAAACCGUCGAUGAACCAAAUUCGCUGAGCGCACAGUUCGUUCAAGUGAAAGAUUCCCAAAGAGGAGAAGUUCCGACGCGAAAAUUUAAAAAAGCACUUAAAGACACACUUUUUCGCGAAAUAUUCUUCUGUUGUGAUUUAUAUUUGAUGUUCAACACUGUUUCCUGUUCCGCUGUGUACGAACGACAUCGGUAAAGUCUUAUUCUCUUUUCAUCUAUAUAUAUGUGUAUUUCCGCUUUAUCUGCAAAUCUAUUUAUUUACAUGUCUGUAAGUGCUGCAUGCGCUUGUAUCUUCUCCUCUGCGUUCUCCGGGGAACACGAAUCUAAAUCUCUCUGUCAUAUAUAUGUAUAUAUACAUACAUAUAUAUAUAUAUAUAUCGUGGCUGGCUGGUUGUUAAAGAGUCAGAUAUCGAAAUGUAUGUACGUCAUAUGAACGUUGAUAGAAAAUUGCAAAUGCAAACGACACAGAGAAGAGACGUAUUAAUUGGCCGAACGGCGUUCAUCUCUCCAACAUCGUAACGACAAUGAUAUCGGCGUGGACAGCCUAAAAACGUCACGAGAUCACGAGGCUCGUCGUCGUCGUCGUCGUCACUGCACAUAUCAUUCGGUGAGAGACCAUCCCGAGCUUACCGAUGUGACGACCGGCGAACAGUGCAGCACGAGCCGAACGGAGAUACCGCGCCGGAUCAACCAAUCGCGUUCUGGCAACGUGCCUUCCAUCAUCAUCGAUAGUCGCGCGAUAGCUCUUUGUGGCGCUCUUCAGCAUCGCCGCCGCGGAGACCUUCCACCUGUUUCGGCUCGAAACUGUUUGUAUUCGCAAUUGGCAGCUUUCCAGAAGAAAGAUUCUUCUUACAUUCAUAUACUCCUCAAUUUCAUACACUUCGAAUAGUGAAGAUAUCUUUUUCUCGUCAAUGUUUGCUGUAGAAACUCGUUACGCUGCCAGUUAACCACGUCUGAAACCAAUCUAGAUCUCGAUCAAAGAAUGAUCACGCUCUUUAUAUUCUUAAAUCAAAUUUCUUCUCGACGUUUCUAACGUUUCUGUUAAGCUCAUCCUUUCGUCGCUUCGGCGUUCACUUGGCUCCGCUCUGAAAGAAGACUUUGACUUGCAGACUACAUGGCAUCUUCAGUGGCAACAUGGUUGCCCCUGGCACGGGCGGCGGCGGUCGGUUGGGUGCCGAUCGCAUCCCAUCCGAUGCCGCCGCAACCGGUUCAACCAGGGCAACGCACUGUCGAAGACGUAAAGUUGUUGAUCAAUGUGAGCGGAGUGCACUUCGAAACAUGGCGUAACACCCUCGAGAAGUAUCCGGAUACGCUGCUUGGCUCGAGCGAGCGCGAGUAUUUUUACAACGAGGAAACGAAAGAGUACUUCUUCGACCGGGAUCCGGAAAUCUUUCGUCAUAUACUCAAUUACUACAGAACCGGAAAGCUGCAUUACCCGAAGCACGAAUGUUUGACAAGCUAUGAUGACGAGCUUACGUUCUUCGGCAUUCAGCCGGACGUGAUUGGCGACUGCUGCUACGAAGACUAUCGCGACCGCAAACGGGAGAACGCGGAGAGACUAAUGGAUGACAAGCUCAGCGACGACGGGGAUCAGAACCUUCAACAGCUGCUCAGUAUGCGCCAGAAAAUGUGGAGAGCAUUCCAGAAUCCUCAUAUUUCGACGGCUGCAUUGGUCUUCUACUACGUAACCGGAUUUUUUAUUGCGGUCAGCGUGCUGGCGAAUGUGAUCGAGACCGUACCAUGUGGAAACCGCCCGGGUCGGGCAGGAACGCUGUCCUGCGGAGAGCGUUACAAGAUUGUGUUCUUUUGUUUAGACACUGCUUGUGUUAUGAUUUUUACCGCAGAGUAUUUAUUGAGACUCUUUGCCGCGCCGAGCAGAUGCAAGUUUGCUCGUUCCGUGAUGUCGAUAAUUGACGUAGUUGCAAUUUUACCGUAUUACAUAGGACUUGGUUUGACCGAUAACGACGACGUGUCCGGGGCAUUCGUGACGCUCCGUGUUUUUCGGGUUUUCCGUAUCUUCAAGUUCUCUCGGCACUCACAAGGAUUACGUAUCCUCGGUUAUACUUUGAAAUCCUGUGCCUCCGAGCUGGGUUUCCUCGUUUUUUCGCUUGCAAUGGCCAUCAUUAUCUUUGCCACCGUCAUGUUCUACGCAGAGAAAAACGUCGACGGCACCAACUUCACUUCGAUACCUUCUGCCUUCUGGUAUACUAUCGUCACAAUGACCACAUUGGGGUAA